AUGGCCGACAGCGACGCCGCAAAGAAACUGAUACACGAGGCAGAACAUGCACUCCAUACGGCUUCAGACGCUGUAGAACACACGCUCACAUCCACAAAACACUCUAUCAAGGCCGUCGACAACAAACUCAAAGACGAGGCCUCGGCGUGGCAGAAGACACUCGAGUCCAUUUUGGGUGGAAAGGAGAGAUUUUGGGUCGAGAAUCCAGUCGAUGGGACCAGAUUGGCCACCAACAUGGCCGGUUGGAGCGCAUUUGGCAUCACAGCGCAUGCAUGGCAUCGGGGAAUCCAGCGAAGACCUGUCUUUGCAGCACCCCUGAGGCCAUAUAUGAUUGCCGUUCCACUCUGGGCUGUCCUGGGCUACUUUAUUCACCAUCUCGAACUCAGACAGGAAGAAAUCCUGGCCCGUCGACGUUUGCUCUUGCAACGAAAUCGCGGACUUCUCGAGGAGGAAGACUUUGAAAAGAUGAGUCUCGCUCAAGGUGCCAAGGAAAGACAAGAAAAGCGUUCAAAACUCGCUACCUUGCUCUCCGACGAUGAGACUGGCUACGUCAAAAAGGGCGGAGCGACAAACGACCAUAUGCAACUCUACCGUGCAAAGCUCAAGGAGAGAUUGGAAUCUUUUGAGCGCGACUUUGACAAGUCGCCCAUCCCCAUUAGCCCGUAUCCUCUCGGAAAUGAAACUCGCCCGCAUUCGAUCACACCCGCAGAGAUCAAGCGACUAGGUGGUGGCGUCUCGGAGCAAAAGUCAUCGUCGUUGAGCAGCUGGUUUGGGUUUGGUCGUGGAGCCCAAAAGGACGAGAAACUAGAGGACGAAGUGGAACGGGCUCUUGCAUGA